AUGGCGCAGAUUGCUGGGAGAGGAACAGUCGACUCUCUCGCGGUGGCGCUCGGUCAGCAUCCGAGAGUCGAUAUAAAUGCAGCAGAUGCCAACGGGUGGACUCCCCUCCACCAUGCAGCGCAAAACGUAUCCGAGGACGGUCCAGACCUUCUCGGGCAUCUGCUCUUGCGCGACACGAUCCAAGUGGACGCACUCUCGAAUGCGAAGAAGACACCGCUGCACCUUGCCGCGGCCGCGAGAAGCCUUGCCAGCGUCCGCCUUCUCUUGCAGUUUGGCGCCAACGUCAACGCACGCGACGAUAAUGGUUGCACGCCGCUGCAUGCUGCUGCUCGCUACGGUGCCCUUGACGUCGUUCAGUGGUUAACCACAGACGUCGAUGGCUGCGAUGUUAGCGCCGUCUCCCAGCGAAAGCAAAACGCGCUCCACGUCGCCGCCAAGGCCGGUCAGAUUGCUAUCGUGCGCUACUUGGGGGCGUGGGACUGCGACGCCCAGCGCAUGCGGCAAGCGCGUGACGCGCAAGGGCGGACACCACUUAUGCUCGCGCGCGAUGCCAAGACGAAACAGGCCAUGGAGUACAGCGGCUGGAUCGCGUGCAGCGACGGUCGGCUGGACGCAGUGGAGCUUUGGCUCGCGAACGAACCGGCGGCCAUGGACCUCGUAACACCGCGUUGCAGCCGGAACGCGCUCCACCUCGCGGUACACAGCAGUGUGGUGAUGGUGGAUGCCAGCGACGACUCGCAGGUCGACGGGUUUUGUCGCCGCUGCAAGGCCAAGGACGUCAGCGAGCCCCAGCGCCGGGCGAUCGAAGGGCGCUACGUGCGUGUUUUGCACGCUCUCUGCAGCGCCCCCAUGCAACGCUCGAUAUCCUUUUACCUUUACCUUGCAUUGCGAUAUGACGUGGAAGGUCUUGACAAUUUUGCCUACGUGGCCGACGCCUUUGGUGUGACACCGCUCAUGCUGGCGGCGAUCUCGGGCAGCGUCGCACUUGCUACCGUACUCCUCGAGCAUCCGCAGCACGACGAGAACGCAGCGGAUAUGGCCGGCAACUCGGCACUGCACUACGCCUAUGCGUUUACCAAGGCACCCAUGGCCCGCUUCUUGGAGCUGCAUAUGGAAGACCUUGCGCUCCGCGAGAACCACGAGGGGCACACGCCCAUGGACGUCUCGGGCUUCCGCUUUGACAUUCUUCCGUCCCUCCAGUCGUUUAGCCCGCCAUCGCCCAAGAAAUCGAUAGCCAAGGCGGACGCCAAAGACAUGGACGAGAGCAAGGACGAGGCUGCGGAGGACAAGGACAGCGGAUCGGCCUGAGCUCGUUG